AUGUAUCGUGUUCGUCAAAGUCGUUGCGGACUGAGUGAUAUCAGUUCAUUCUCACAAAGAAAACUCGCGCCAAAACUUUGCUACGAUGGCGUGCAGUGCGUUCGUCUUCGCGUCCGAGUUUGCGCAAUCAUAUAUACAUGCUCCUUCUUUCUUUCUUUCUUUCUUUCUUUCUUUCUUUCUCUCUCUCACCUCUUGUCUCCCAUAGAUUCCUCUCUCUUUUCUCUUCUCUUUCUCUCUCUCUCUCUCUCUCUCUCUCUCUCUUCCUCUUUUCCUUUACACCCACAUUCACUCGUUUCCUCCCUCUGUCUUUCUUUAUUUCUCUCGACCCUCCCAUCGCACGCUAUCUCUCUCUCGCUUUCUAUCUUUCCCUCUCCUUCUGCGCAUCACUUCGUCCCACUUUCUCUCUCUUCAUCUCAUAAUCGUUCUUUUUCCCUUUCAUUUCCUUUCACCCCUCACUUCCUUUCUAAUACCCUUUUUCUCUUUCUCUCCUCUUACUUCUCAGAUCCUCCCGCUUCCUUCUCUCUCUCUCAUCUUCUCAUGUUUUGCUUGCUUUCUUUCUUUCUUUCUUUCUUUCUUUUUUUCUUUCUUUCUUCCCGAUCAUCCAUCGUCUCUUUCUCUUUUUCCUCUCUCUCUCUACUCACCGUUCUUCCUUCCUCAAAGGAAUCUCUUCAUCUCAUAGCCGUUCUUUUUCUCUUUCACUUCCCCCCGCCAUUUCCUUUCUCUCACUCUUUCUAUUUUUCUCUUUCGCUCCCGCUUAAAAUCAGAUCCCAAACCAUCUCUCCCUUCUCAUCUUCUCACGGCACAUAA